AUGGCUAAGGCUUAUGAUAGAGUGUCUUGGUCUUAUCUUUGUAUCUUGAUGAGAAAAAUGGGAUUUUGUGAAGUCUGGAUCGACAUGAUCUUCAGGCAUAUAUCCAGCAACUGGUAUUCUCUCAUUGUAAAUGGCAUCAGACAAGACUUCUUCAAAUCUGAAAGAGGACUAACACAGGGAGACCCUAUCUACCCUUCUUUAUUUAUCUUAUGUGUUGAAUUUCUUUCUAAAAAGCUCAAUGAUUUAAACAAUAGAGCUAACUUUACAGGUUUUUAUAUGAAUAAACAUGGCCCUAUUAUUAACUAUCUUGCUUUUGCUGAUGAUAUUAUUCUAUUUUCUAGUGGAUGCAGGUACUCUCUCGUACUACUCAUGCAAACCUUGAGUAAGUAUGAAAGUAUUUCAGGACAACAAAUCAACAAAGACAAAUCGGUUUUGGCUGUGGCUCCUAAUGCUCAACCUGAAGAAGUUAACAGAGUCAUGAGAAUUACUGGGAUAAAUCACAAACAAUUCCCUAUCAAGUACCUUGGUUGCCCUCUUUAUGUGGGAAGGAAAAAAAUCUCCAUCUUCUCAGAAAUGAUUCAGAAAGUUGUUAGUAAGAUUUCAGGUUGCCAAACCAAGUUCCUCUCAACUGGAGGUAAAGUUGUGCUUAUUAAGAAUGUGCAAAUGGCGAUUCACACCCAUCUUCUAGCUGCUAUUCACCCUCCAAAGGGUGUUGUUGUGCAAAUUGAAAAGAUGCUGGCUAGAUUUCUUUGGAGUGGUACAAUUGACAAGAGAAAGUGUCACUGGGCUGCUUGGGAUAGCUUGUGCCUUCCUUAUAAUGAGCGAGGUGCAAACAUCAGGAAUAUGCAAGAUAUUUGUAAUGACUUCACUUCCAAACAGUGGUGGAAUCUUAGGACUGGCAAUUCCCUCUGGAAAAUGUUUUGUAUGUCUAAAUAUUGCCAAAAGAGUCAUCCUGUGAUUAAAAAUUGGUACUCUGGUCACUCACAAUCUUGGCAUGCUAUGUGUCUUAUUAAAGACAGUAUUGACCAUCAUAUACUUUGGAAAGUGGGCAGAGGUGAUAUAGCUUUCUGGUUAGAUAACUGGACUGAUCUUAGCCCUCUUUACAAGUUCUUACCAGCAGGUACCAGGCCUAAAAACAACAAGAUUUCUGAGAUGAUUCAACAAGGACAAUGGAUGCUAGAAGACUGGGAUAGAUUCCUCCCUGAAGAUGUCAUUGAAUGUAUCCAUAGCUUCAACACUAUUCUUCAACAUGACAUACCUGAUAGACCUAUUUGGAAUCUAAGUGAUCAAUGA